CAUCAUUUCUCUCCACAACUAAUUCCUUUCUCAUUGGAUAAAAAGAAAUUUUUCACAAGGCAAGAGAGCAAAGUAAGAAAAUCAUUUCUUCAAUGGGUGCUCUUGGAACUAUUGCUAAGAGUUUGAAUGGGCUAAUCGGCCCUGGAGUGGAGCUUCUUUAUCCUUUGUAUUGUUCUAUGCGAGCAAUUGAGAGCCCUUCACCACUAGAUGAUCAACAAUGGCUAACCUAUUGGGUUCUCUACUCAUUCAUAACUCUAUUUGAGUUAUCUUGCUGGAAAAUCCUCCAAUGGCUUCCAUUUUGGCCAUACAUAAAGCUUGUAUGUUGUAUGUGGUUGGUGCUACCAAUUUUCAAUGGAGCAGCUUAUAUACAUGAGAAUUUUAUAAGAAGACAUGUUAAAGUUGGAAGUCGAAUUAGCUCAACUUAUCCUGAAAACCAAAGAAAGGCUCUUCAAAUGAUGAGCUUAGAUGCAAGAAAAGCAGUUGAGAGAUACAUAGAAAAAUAUGGACCUGAUGCCUUUGAUAAGGUCGUCAAAGCGGCGGAAAGAGAAGCAAAGAAACACUGAAGAAACGAGUGAAUAUUUCAGAAAUUUCUCUCCCCUUACCAACAACAACAGAGUUUUUCUUUAUUAACUAAAUUGUUUAUGUUUCAAUUGGAUAUGUUGUAUAUCAAUUUGUAUUUUGAAUUUCAUAACUCUUCCAUUUAAGUGAAAUUACGAAUAUAUGUGAGACUUUUUUUAUAUAUUAA